GUUCAUCGAUUCGGUUCAACUGUUACGUCAAAACCUCAAGGCUGCGGCAGUGCGCAUGUUUUAUAAAACUAAUUGGAUUCCAGCAAAAUAAAUUAGUCUCACCACUUAAUGCUGAGUUGUGCGGUGCGGCAUUGUUCGCGGUAUAUCAGUAAAAUGGUACCUGAAGUUGUAUUCGUUUUGGGUGCGCCUGGCGCCGGCAAAGGAACGCAGUGCUCAUUGAUUUCUAAAGAAUAUGAUUUUGUACAUCUUUCUGCUGGAGAUUUAUUACGUGAGGAACGACAAAGACCCGGGUCCGAGUAUGGAGAGAUGAUUGAAGAAAAAAUUCGCAACGGCCAGAUCGUACCCGUAGAGGUUACGUGCUCACUGCUUCACAAGGCCAUGCAAAACUCCGGUAAGCAGCGUUUCCUUGUUGACGGAUUCCCACGUAACAAGGACAACUUGGAAGGAUGGGAACGUGUUAUGUCCGACAAAACCAAGUUACUGUUUGUAUUAUUUUUUGAAUGUUCCCCGGAAAUUUGUACGGAGCGGUGUUUGGGUCGCGGAGCGGCCGGCAGCGGCCGAUCAGACGAUAACCUAGACAGCCUCAAGAAGAGAUUCAACACUUAUAUCAAUGAUACCUUACCAAUCAUUAAUCAUUACGACGAGCUGGGGCUGGUGCGCAGGAUCAACGCGGAAGUCUCUCCAAAUGAAGUAUUUCAAGAUGUGAAGGUUGCAUUUCAGGAAGUUGGAAUGCAACAAAUAGCUAAUUAAUUAAAAAAUUUAUCAUAAUAAGUAGGUCAAUCGGGAACUGUUCAUUGCAAAACAUUGUCUUGUGUAAGGUAAUAUUGGAUGUUAUUUAAUAAACCUUGAGCUUUAAAAGCUAAGCGAAGCUUGGGAAACAUGUAGCACAUACCAAUUAUUUAUUUAUUUUAAUGUAAGCCUCUACAUUGACACAAUGUCAUUUAGAAUAUAGGUAUCAUUAUCAUCAGCAACAUUUAUUGUAAAGUGCACCUUGUUGAGAUUACCUUAGUCACAUAAGUUUGACCUUCACAAUCUUAAAAUAAAUUGAAUUAUCAAAGUUUUUGCUGAAUGAGUUAAAUCAUGAUUACUUAAAACUUGCUUAAAAUAAAUAUUUAAACUGCCAACUCAUCAUUAUAGGUGUAACAAAUUGAUCAUAGAUAUCAAAUUUAUAAAUUGUAUUAUAUUAUUUUUUUUAUAAAUAUUUUUAAUCCAUUGGGUCUGGUUCACUUUGUAAAUGAAAUACAUUCGUAUUACUUUAUUAUUUUCCUUCGUUUCAAUUCUCUCUGGUACCUAUUGGCUUGUAACUGGUAGAUAAACAAUAAUUUUAUCAAAAGUAACACAUUUCCAAUGCUUAUCAAGUAGAGGUCUUCACUGAUAUAACUGGUUGCAUUAAUCUGAAGUAAACUUCAAUACUUAGUUUACAACGAUAUUUAAUAGAGAUUUUGAGGAAAUGUAUGUAAACUACCACAGUGAAUAUCUCCCAAAUAUGAUUGUUAUAAUAAUGUAACUUUGUCCUCUAACUUACUUCCAUGCAUUUUGCAAUACUAAAGUUUAUAAUUUAAAAAAAAAUCAAAGCUUAUAGUGUAGAUAACAAAAUCUAAGGUGGGUUAACAAUGUAUUACUGUAAAAUAGGGUGAAUAGGUUCGAGAGGUUAAUAAGGUCAGAAGAGGGCUGCAUAGAUACUGGGAAAUCCUUCAUAGUAUUGAUUCAUUAUAUCUUCUGUGCCUAUUCAUCGCUUAGUACCAGGCAAGAUAAUGGCCAAAUGUCGACUCAUCAAAUAUAGAAAAAAAUUCCCCUCAUGUUACAGUAUAUUUAAUGCAAUAUUACACUUACUAAGAUACAAGUGCUUAUUAAAAUGUAGGUAUUAAAUACAUAUUUUUAUUUUUAGUUGUUUGUUGUAGCCAUUUUACAAUUUAAUGAAGUGUUCAUUGUCUUAGCUGUACCUGUCUUGAAAUGUGCAUUAAGCAACAUUCCUCAACUUCAUAUUUCUAGCUAGCCCAAUGUGAAUCUGUGUAUAAUGUUGAAAUCUAAUGUACAGUAGUUAAUGUGGAUGUGAAUAUAAUAUUUAUUGAUGAUA